UUAUCACUAAUGACGCCUAUUUGGAACGGCCACCAAUGACGCCUAUUUGGAAUGGCUGGCACGCACCCUACGAAUGGCUUGUGAAAAAGGGCGCACGCUCUUAGCUGAGCGUCAGCACGAAGGCUAUGGCGAGCUUUGAAAUGACUGACGUUAAAGACACGACGCCCGCCCGCCAUGUAGACGUCCCAGGGCCUCUCGUUGCACAUAUAGCGAGGAAAGAAGUCGCGAGUGUAUAUUUGCGCUCUCAUCGAAGCUGUACCGGAAGUCGCCUCCGGUCAAGUAAGCCCCUGCAGGUGGACUUUCCUCCACAGGGUGGCGCCAGAAACAACGCUUACUCUCGGAAUCCAAAUCAGGCAGGCAGCUUGGGUUUAUCUUGGGUCAAAAGUAAGAGAAACGUUCCGUGAUGAAUGCUUACCAAUACUAGGGGUCUAGCUAUUGGUCGAAAGAUGGCAUCUACCGCACGAACUGGAUGCAAUCAACUUGGGUGGAUUUUGCAAGUGAAGUCGAAGCCAAUGGAUGGAGUCUUCCCCUUUCGGCUCCUGCCACGAUAUGAACGCUCUGCGUUUCACACCUCGCAGCAGUAGAAACCAGUGGCUAUCUCCAAAUCCUUUCUUCGGUAGAACUUUCAGCAGCCCAUCUCUCGAGUGCCAUGAUUGGGGAAACCCUUAAGCGCAUGGGGAGGCAGCUGGUGCGCGUCAAGGCGCUGGACUCGGGGAGCGAAGAAAGCCGCCUGUCGCGCUGCCUCAACACCUUCGACCUGGUGGCGCUGGGCGUGGGCAGCACGCUGGGCGCCGGCGUCUACGUGGUGGCCGGCAACGUGGCCAAAGAAAGUUCGGGGCCCGCCAUCGUCCUGUCCUUCCUCAUUGCGGCGCUGGCGUCCAUCCUGGCCGGCCUGUGCUACGCCGAAUUUGGCGCCCGCGUGCCCAAAACGGGCUCGGCGUACCUUUACACUUAUGUGGCGGCCGGAGAGUUGCUGGCCUUCAUCACCGGAUGGAACCUCCUCAUGUCGUAUGCCAUCGGUACUUCGAGCGUGGCCAAAACGUGGAGCGCCACUUUCGACACGCUCAUCGGAGGCAAAAUCGGGAGGUGGAGCAAAAGCAACUUCCCCAUGAACUUCCCUGGCGUCCUGUCCGAAUACGCCGACGUCUUUUCAGUGUGUCUCGUCUUCGUUAUGACAGGCCUCCUUGGCUUUGGCGCCAAGGAGUCUGCGCUGGUGGGCAAAAUUUUCACCAGCAUCAACAUCUUGGUUCUCGUAACCGUAAUGCUCAGCGGGAUGAUCAAAGGAGAUGCCCAAAACUGGAAGGUGGACCCAGAGGAGAUCCUGCGCGCCGCCAUGGCGUCCUCACCUAAUGCAACAAAUCAUUGGUCUUUGAAGGGAAGUCUGGGCGCAGGGGGCUUCAUGCCUUUCGGCUGGACGGGGGUCUUCUCCGGGGCCGCCACUUGCUUCUACGCCUUCAUUGGCUUUGAAUGCAUCGCCACUUCAGGUGAGGAGGUGAAGAACCCGCAGAAGGCCGUCCCCGUCGGCAUCGUGAGCUCGCUGCUCAUCUGCCUGCUGAUGUACGUGGGCGUGUCCACCGCCCUCACCCUCUUGAUGCCGUACUACCUCCUGGACGCGCAGAACCCGCUGCCGGUGGCCUUCACGCACGUGGGCUGGCCCUUUGCCACCAACGCCGUGGCCGCCGGCUCUCUCUGCGCGCUCUCCACCAGUUUACUGGGCGCCAUGUUCCCCAUGCCCAGAGUGAUUUGGGCCAUGGCAGAGGACGGCCUGCUCUUCAAAUGUUUGAGCAGAAUCAACGGUCGCACCAAAACGCCUCUCAUAGCGACCAUGGUGUCCGGCGGCGUCUCGGCCGUGAUGGCCAUGUUGUUUGACUUGAAGGAUCUGGUGGACCUGAUGUCCAUCGGCGCUCUGCUGGCUUACACGCUGGUGGCCGCGUGCCUGCUGGUGCUCAGGUACAAGGCUGACAGGAGCGCCCCCUACGAGAUGGAUGUUGGCGAGCAAGAGGUGGAGGGCGAGGGCGACGGCCGGGUUAAGGAAGAUCUCUGCGCCACCGUCGGGUGGCUGGUGCUACACCCGGAUAAAGAACCCUCUCCUCGCUCCGGGUUCGCCGUCACCAUUUGCACCAGCAUCGUCGUGGUCUUGGCGUUCCUCUUCAGCGCCGUGGCGGUGACAGGCAGGCGAGCCUUGUGGCGCUCCAUCCUCCUGGGCGCCAUCUUCCUGGCGUGCGUAGGCGUCACCGCUGUGCUGUGGAGGCAGCCGCAAAACAAGAGCAGGCCCACCUUCAAAAUCCCUCUGGUGCCCAUCCUGCCUGUGGUGAGCGUGUUGAUCAAUAGCUACCUGCUGACGCAGCUCCUGGCGGGACCUUGGGUGCACUACACCACCUGCAUGGCCAUAGGUUUGCUCAUCUACUUCUGCUACGGCAUUCGUAAGAGCACGCAGGCAGAGUGGAACAAGGCGCCCGAAUGCAGACUGGACGGCCGCGGAGACGAGUUGUGAUUUUCCAGCGAACGUUUUGAAGACCGUUGCCAAAACACAGCAUCUGCCCCAUUUACACUUACAGAAUCACUUUUGUUUGAAUUCUUGACCCGAUUUCUCGUCUAUGCCAUGAAUAAUGUUUUCUUUUUUUUGGAAGAUCCGUUUUUUUCGAAGGCCUUGGCCCACAUUCCAACCUUGAGCAUCUUCUGCUAAGCACUACCUGUCAUCCUAUCUCCUUGAAUGAGUAAAUGUUUACUUUUAGCUUGGCCUGUCUGUCAACUUAGUUCUUGAUCCUAUUUAUAAUAUUCUCCAACUUGUGGAUUGUCCUUGACUAAUGACUUGAAUGUGCACAUUGGUUGUGAGCGUAGAAUAGAGCUGAAAUGAAAAACGACGUCAUUUGAUUGACAGCAGUGCACAGCUAAUGUUAAAGUUCCUAAAAAUAAAGGAGAACCUCAAAUCCAA